ACCCGCUGUAAACCAAACCCGAAGUUGACGCGAAAAUCACAUCAUAUCGUGUCUUUGGUGAACGUUUUUCUUGACAAAUCUUUAUCGGAAGAGCUAUCUUUUACGUUUACAAAAUGGCAGAUGUUUUGGACAUUGAAAAUGCCGAGGAAUUCGAAGUCGACGAUGAAGGAGACGAGGGUAUUGCCCGCAUGAAGGGGCGAGUCCGUAAGCGCAAGGGCCGUGGCUUUGGGCAAGAGAAUUCUGCCAGGGAAGAUAUCCGCAACUAUGAAACAAUGGAAACUGAUGAUGACGAUGGAGAACCAGGACCGCAGAGAUCGGUGGAAGGUUGGAUUCUAUUUGUGACCUCCGUUCAUGAGGAGGCACAAGAGGAUGACAUCCAUGAUAAGUUUUCUGAAUUUGGUGAAAUCAAAAAUAUUCACCUUAAUCUGGAUCGCCGAACUGGCUUCCUCAAGGGCUACUCUUUGGUGGAAUUCCAAACAUACAAGGAGGCAGCAGCUGCUCGUGAAGCUUUGGAUGGCUCAGAUAUUUUGGGUCAAAAAAUAAAUGUUGACUGGUGCUUUGUCAAAGGACCAAAGAGGUCAAAGAGCUCUUCUAGAAGGAGGCGCUAAGAUUUUAGCUCCAACCAGCCCUUGUAAGUUAAGAUAUUUCAAAGAAGAAUUGUAUUACUCUCUUCAUUAUUUCAGUGUAGCCAUUUUACUGCGGACGUAUUGGUUUCACUCCAGAAUAUGUUUUAAGUCAUGUCACAAUCUGAUAAGGAUAAGGAUUUGUUUUUCUCUUCAAGUAAAAAAUUAAAUACUUUGUAACAAA